AUGGACGACAUAAAUUUACACUACAGAUUCCUGAAUUGGCGACGCCGGAUCAGAGAGAUCCGGGAGGUGCGUGCCGUGCGAUUUCAGGAGCGGUACAAAAGAAUGGUGAAGGACGGAGACACGCUUAGUUACCAGGGCAACUCUGACGAAGUCGGCUGUUAUGUGGCUCCACGGCCUCUGUCGAAGGGCAACUGUUACUUUGAGGUGACCAUUAUGGACACGGGUGUGAGAGGCACAAUUGCAGUGGGUUUAGUUCCACAGCACUACAAACUGGACCAUCAGCCGGGCUGGCUUCCACACUCCAUCGCCUACCACGCCGAUGACGGAAAACUCUAUAAUGGAAACCCAGUAGGUCAGCAAUUUGGACCCAAAUGUAAUCGCGGUGAUCGGAUAGGCUGUGGAAUCUACACAGACACGUUUGAUGCUGGACUCACAACUGUGUUCUUCACCAAGAAUGGGAAAGAGGUGGGCUCAGUAGUGGUUCCUGUGGCACCAGAUGGGCUGUUCCCGGCCAUUGGCAUGCACUCCCUUGGGGAGGAGGUCCGAUUGGACCUGCAGGCAGAGUGGGGUGUGGAGGAGGACGACAGUGUGAUGAUGGUGGACAGCCAUGAGGAGGAGUGGGGUCGACUCAAUGACGUUAGAGUCAGCGGAACGAUUCUGGAGUAUGUAGGCAAGGGGAAAAGCAUCAUGGAUGUGGGCCUUGCCCAGGCUCGUCAGCCACUCAGCACACGGAGCCACUACUUUGAGGUCGAGAUCGUGGACGCCGGAGAGAAGUGCUACAUCGCACUGGGCCUGGCCCGUAAAGAUUACCCCAAGAACAGACACCCAGGCUGGAGUCGAGGCUCAGUGGCGUAUCAUGCUGAUGAUGGGAAGCUUUUCCAUGGCAGUGGAGUUGGAGACCCCUUUGGCCCGCGCUGUUUCGAAGGGGACAUCAUGGGCUGUGGAAUUAUGUUCCCCCGUGACUACAUCUUGGACCAUGAAGAUGACUCUGAGGACUGGGACGCCAUGGAGGUUCGAUCAAAACAGGGUCGCGUUCAAAACGUACUGUACCUAAAUGAUGAAGAUGAGGAAGAGGAGGGAGACGACGCAGAGCAGGAACAGGAGGGCAGGAAGGUUAUGGUGUUCUUCACCCGAAAUGGCAAGAUCAUCGGGCGGAGGGAGGUGGCGGUUCCUGUGGGGGGGUUUUACCCGACCAUUGGCAUGUUGAGCAGUGGAGAGAAAGUAAAGGUGGACCUGCGCCCUCUGAGCGGCUGAAGAACGGCGGAUGUUAUGCCCUUAGACUCCCUCAGACAGGACCACAGAGGCAAAGGGAAUAUUGGCGCAGAUCGCUUUAGGGUUUAAGGACAGAUUUUUUUGUUUGUCUGAGAAAUUUCUAACACCCAGUACUAGAGCAGAAUGCUUUGGAAAGCUGAAUAUUUGAAUUAUGUAAGAAAUCACUGUUUUGCCACUGCAUUGAAGACAACACAGCAUGUUCAACCCCCACCCCCCACCUAAAAAAGGUUUGUCUGUUUUCUCUCCAUGUGUCCAUGUCUGAAUGGCCCUGCAGGACUAGAAUGCAUAUUCUUUACACACUCUUCUUUUCCUCCCUCAGUCAUUCUGGUUAAAUUUAUCAGGGAAGCAUGUCCCUCAUUUGCAGAUCAAUAUCUGAGGAUGUUUUCCCUUCAGAGAAAUCUUCAGGUCACGACAGAAUUGAUACAUCAUAUCAAGAGUACUGUAUUGUAUAAAAUGUUUAAAUAACAAAAUUAUAUAUAAAUAUAAUUCUAUUUUUAAGAAUAGGUAUUGAUGACAAAAAGAGAUAUGUAAAGACAUUAUUGAGAAAGCAUUGAUAGUGCAGGAAAGCACAGAGCUGUAUCUGACUGAGAGAGUAAUGCACCUAAAAAGGGGCGUGGAUACUUGACAGUGGGCGUGUCAUUGUUUCUGAGCACACUCAGAUGGGAAUGGGUUUUUAGUGAAUGAGAUGAGAUGGUUUUCUCCAUCACACAUGCUCCUCUAGCACCGCCUUGCUUAAAUGAAUCACGAAGUUGAUGGCAUUUCUGUGUUAUGUUUUUUUUUUUUUCCCCCAAUCUCUUGAAUGGCAGAUUUAAUGAAAUGUCACUCUGCUGUUAUAUGUAUCUCUGAAAGAAGCGGUUGAGUCGGAAACGGCAAAGAAACAUGAAUGCAUUGUGUGCUCAUAUUCUCGUGUUUUAUUUGAACAAGUGCAUAACGUCAUAAUGAAGAAUUUUCUGGAAAAAAAAUAGCAUUCAGCUUCAUACUGAGUUUUAGAGCACAGUCUGUUUUCAGAUUUAAUAAGCAGUUAAAUUAAGAAAAAAAGUUAGCUUUCAGACUCUCAGUGAGGAUGUGUUUCACAAUGAUUGCUCAGCUCAGCUCCAGAUUGUAAACGGUUCCGCAAUGCUGGUUAGGGGCGGUUCUCACGGCAAGGACCUCAGCCGAGUCAGAAGACAGUUACAUUGUUUGGCAAUGUCAGUGUGAGUGUGAACAAGCCCCAGGUCACAUUGACUGUAAGCACUUUAGAGGAGCUAGUGGCGGUGCUAAGGUGGAACAGAGUGACAAUGGCACUCCAACACUGCACUCCACACACCAGAGCAUAAGCCAUUUUUGCACAGAUUUGAGGGGGAAAAAAAGAAAUCGGAAAACCUCAUGGUCAUCUCCUGUAAGCUUUGGUUGUUUUUUUUUGUCAUGUCUCUUUUACAUGUCACGUUAGUCAAAAACAAAUCAGAAAGUUUAUUUUUCUUCACAGUUGAAAACUGUCAAUGCCAAAACGAGACGUGUUGUAUGUCACCUUCCCUACGGUUUGUUCUUAUUUAGCAUAUCUUAUGAAAAGGGAAUCAGAGUUUGUUAUGUUACAUAACUGUCAAAUGAUUUUA